AUGGCUUGCGCCCAAUGCCGCGCCAUCCUCUACUGUUCCGAGCGCUGUGCCCAAGAAUCCCAUCACCGCCACCGGAAACUCUGCCACAAGUUCAAGACGACGAAGGAUCCCGAUAUCCCAAACCAAGUUCGGGCCGUCCUCUUCUCGACGGAGGAACAGAGGCCGAAGGUCAUCUACCUUGACGCCAACCAGUGGGAGGCGGGGGCAGAAACGGCGAUACGCAUGAUGCCCGUGGAACCGUCGGCAUCGCCGGUGGUGAUCUUCACAGUCACCGCCAACCCACUCACCGGGCGCCGCCUCCCCUUCGACCUGAAGAUCGUCUCGAGGGCCUGCAUUUUGCCUCUCAACAUGACGCUCCAGUGGUGCUUCAAUGAAAAUUGGGAGCUACCCUCUCCGCGUUUUCCUUGGACUGGUAGCAUCGCCGCCGUCCGUGUGAACCCGGCCACUGGCGUUGCCGAAGGCAUGACCAUGGCCGACUUCAAGGACAUCCUGGAAUUUUUCGUCUGGUAUGCCCAUAAAUUCACCCCAGAAAUGUACGCUUACGCGGAUCAAUUCUCCAUGGAUGCCGUCGCCGCGCCUAUUCGAGGUGUCGUGAUCCGCUGCGCUGCAACGGAAAGCCGGCGGCCGCGCGAGGGUGCCUUUGUGUCUACCGUGGUCGACCACCUUCACCCGAUUCGCGGCUUUCAUAUACCCGCCGAGGUGAAGUUUACCGCCUCCCGAACCCGCCGCUGGAGACCAACAAAAGCCGCUGGGAUUGCCUGCCCGGCGACAAGAGCCAAUGCCCGCGCCUCUGAGUUGAUGCUCAAAAUCCCACAGGUGAAUCCACCACUCUCUGAGACCGAAAUUCAAGAGGCCGUCCUCAAAAUAGACGGCGACGUCUUGGUGGUCCGCGAGGAUGGCCAGGACCUCGAUAUCGUCGAUGUUGAGGCCAUGUGCCUCGAGGGCCGCAACUGGGCAGCCAUGACGAGCCGGGGGAAACCCUGCUUCAUCUAUCCCGCCACCUACCAAGAGACCCUACGCAAGCAGCAGACCGAGUCCCUCCGAUUGACCAACCUGUCGACCACCGGGUUUGCAGCAUUCGGUCCCGAUGGAGCGCAUCUUGUAAUGGCCCCGGACCAAACCAUCCCUUCGCUCUGGACCAAAGUCAAGGCCAACGGCGUCGUCACUUUUGAGGGCUUCUCGUUCCGGCCAGCUGCUGCUCCCGCCUCUGGGGGCGGCGGCGGCGGGAUGGACGUUGGUGAGCCGGAGCCAACCUGGGCUCCCGUCAGCAGGAUGCAGCCCGUGUUUCUGCAGCAGCCUGCGCGGCCUGACAACUCGACGUACCCCGAGCCGCCACCGCAGACGUACAAUUAUUCGGCACAAUUCAUUGCCGAAGAAGACUUGCCGUCUUUUAAUAAUAGGCAAACUUAG